AUGGCCGAAGCCGACGUUCCCGAGGUCCCCAUUUACGACAUCCCCGCCCGUCUCCAGGGAAAGGGCACCGGCAACCACGUCAGGCACCUCCCCCACGUCACCCCAGAGUCCUACGCCAAGGACCACAAGCAGUCGAUCGAGGACGCCGACGCCUUCUUUGCAAAGGCGGCGCGAGAGGUCAUUGACUGGGACGUUCCCUUCAAGACUGUCCGCAGCGGUGGCUUUGUCGAUGGCGAUGUCGCCUGGUUCACCGAGGGACAGCUCAACGCCACCUACAACUGCGUCGACCGAUGGGCCACCAAGUUCCCCGACCGCGUCGCCAUCAUCUACGAAGCCGAUGAGCCCGACCAGCACCAGGAGAUUACCUACAGCGAGCUGCAGCGCCGCGUGUCGCAGGCCGCCAACAUGCUCAAGAAGCUCGGCGUCAAGAAGGGCGACACCGUCAUCGUCUACCUGCCCAUGAUUCCUGAGGCGGCCGUCGCCCUGCUGGCGUGCGCCCGCAUCGGAGCGGUCCACUCGGUCGUCUUUGCCGGUUUCAGCGCCGACUCGCUGCGCGACCGCACCCUCGACUGCGAGGCGCGCGUCGUCAUCACCACCGACGAGGGCCGACGUGGCGGCCGCACCAUUGCCACCAAGAGCAUCGUCGACGCCGCCCUCAAGGAGUGCCCCAAGGUCGAGCACGUCGUCGUCGUCAAGCGGACCGGCAACGAGGUCGGCUGGACCGAGGGCCGCGACAUUUGGUGGCACGAGGCCGCCAAGAAGGAGCGCGCCUACUGCCCUCCCGUCUCGAUGAACUCCGAGGACCCGCUCUUCAUCCUCUAUACGUCGGGCUCCACUGGCAAGCCCAAGGGUGUCGUCCACACCACGGCCGGCUACCUGCUGGGCACGGCGCUGACGACCAAGCACGUCUUUGACGUCCACGCCGACAAGGGCGACAAGUACGCCUGCAUGGCCGACAUUGGCUGGAUCACGGGCCACUCGUACAUUGUCUACGGCCCGCUGAUGAAUGGCGUCACGACGCUCAUCUUUGAGUCGACGCCCGUCUACCCGUCGCCCUCGCGCUACUGGGAGAUGGUCGACAAGCACAAGCUGACGCAGUUCUACACGGCGCCCACCUCGAUCCGCCUGCUGCGCCGCCUGGGCGAGGAGCACGUCCAGAAGCACGACCUCUCGUCGCUGCGCGUCAUUGGCUCGGUCGGCGAGCCCAUCAACCCGGAGGCGUGGAACUGGUACAACGAGAACGUCGGCCGCAAGGAGUGCGCCAUCGUCGACACCUACUGGAUGACCGAGGGCGGCUCGAUCAUGAUCACGCCCCUGCCCGGUGCCACCAAGACCAAGCCCGGUUCGGCGACGAUGCCCUUCUGGGGCAUCCACCCCGUCAUCCUCGACCCGCAGAGCGGCGAGGAGCUCCAGGGCAACAACGUCGAGGGCGUGCUGGCCAUCAAGAACCCCUGGCCGUCGGUCGCCAGGACCAUCUACGGCGACCACGAGCGCUUCCUCGAGACGUACAUGCGCGCGUACAAGGGCUACUUCUUCACCGGCGACGGCGCCGCGCGCGACAAGGACGGCUACAUCUGGAUCAAGGGCCGUGUCGACGACGUCAUCAACGUUUCGGGCCACCGCCUCUCGACGGCCGAGAUUGAGUCGGCGCUGAUCCAGCACCCGGGCGUCGCCGAGACGGCCGUCGUGGGUAUCGCCGACGAGAUGACGGGCCAGACGAUCGCCGCCUACGUGACGCUCAAGCCCGAGUUCAGCUACGACAGCGAAGAGGCGCUCGUCAAGGAGCUCGUCAUCCAGGUGCGAAGGCACAUUGGGCCGUUUGCGGCGCCCAAGAAGGUCAUUGUGGUCAACGACCUGCCCAAGACGCGCUCGGGCAAGAUUAUGCGGAGGCUGCUGCGCAAGUGCGCAUCGCACGAGACCGACAGCCUCGGCGACCUGUCGUCGCUCGCCGACCCCUCGAUCAUCGACCACAUCAAGGAGAAGACCGAGGCGUUUGACGCAAAGAAGUAG